AUAGGCCUGGACAGUGUGAUGGAAACGGCUGCUGCGUCUGCUGCUAAUGCCAACAAAAAGGACGAAGUUGGAGACAUUAAAGAAGAGUUGACGAGCAGUGAGGCACUCACAACCACAAUGAGUGAAGACAACUCCCUCCCUACUUCCCUGCAGCAACAUCUCCAUGCAUUACAGGUAGAACAGUUGAAUAGUUAUUCAGAACUUUCAGUAGAUGUGGUUCCUCAGCAGGAAGGUGAGCAGGUACCGAGUACCAAAGUGGAGGCACAGUUAGACUUAAUCACUGAUGAAGGAGACCUUGGAUUAGCUUUGUCUGAACAGACAGAGGUGACAGUAGAUCCUGCUUCACAUCAGUCCACUGUAGAUACUGUUGCACCUUGUAAGGAAUUAGAAGUAGAGAUCUCUGAACCACAAGUUAAUGUAGAUGUUCCUCAGAUGGAAGAGGUUGCUCACAUAACUAGUCCAUCCCCCAAGCAGACAGACAUAGCCCAAGAAGAAGGUAAUGAAGAACUUGAUCAUGAAGCAGAAGAGCAAGCUGUAGCUCCAGCAGAUGUAGAGAAAGACCAGAUUGAAGUUGUUGAACCAGAAGAAGCCAUGCCUGCAGAACCAAAAGAGGUUGAACCAUCUGUAGAACCCAAAGAGGAUGAAGCAGAGGCUAUAGAACUCGAAGAAGCUGAAACACAGGCUGCAGAACCCAAUAAGACUGAACCACAGACUGAAGAACCCAAAGAUAUUGAACAGCAGUUUACUGAACCCAGUGAGGUUGAACCACAGUCUGAAGAACCCAAAGAAAUUGAACAACAGCCUGCUGAACCCCUAGAAGUUGAAAAACCAUCUGCUGAAUCCAAAGAGGCUGAAGAGCCUGAACAAUCAACAGAACCCAAAGAUACUGAACUGCCCCCAGCAGAGGUAGCAACUGAGGAACAGAAUGUAGAUCUUCCUUUGGAGACAAAGCAACCCGUUGAAACAGAUGCUCCUGCUGCAUCCCAAGAACUGACUGAACAGCAAAAUAUUCAGGCAGAAAUUGUAUUACCAAAAGAGAGUAAAGUUCCAGAUGAAGAAGAUAAUGUUCUCAAAGUAAGGUCAGAAGAAGCAGAACAAAAGCAGGCAGAACCAGUAAAUAUUUGUGAGGAAACACCAGCUACAAAGGACAGUACCACAUGUAUUAUGACUUUUAUAUCUGAUACUGCUGAUGACCAAAACCUUCAGCAGGGCAAGUUUUUCUCAGAUGAUAAGCAACAGAAAGAAGAUCCUGGAACACCAGAUGAAGCUGAGGCAUCCCCAGCACCUCUACUAAAGGAAAUAACUACAGGAACUCCAAAACGGUCUCCAGAUGAUGCUCAGGGUGCCAAUGCCGAAGCAGAAGAUUCCUCUGAAGCAACAGAGACUGGUGCAGAUAUCUCUGAGCUGAAGUCCUUUGCAGAAGAAUCUCAUGGUCAUGAAAAAGCACUUGUUGCUGAAGAAAUCCCAGUUCCUAUUCCUGAAGAAGAGUACUGUCCUAGUAUUAGGAUGGGUCUGAUGGAUGAAGCAGCAAGUGAAGAUUCUGCUGUUCUCUGCAAAGGUCAGGGAACUCAGACUUCUCUAGCCUUGUCACUUACACCUCCUCAAGCUGUCAGCAAAGAACACAGCACACAGACAGAUGAAGAACAAGGAGUAGCUGUUCUUGGUGUACAGACUUCUUUCUUGCAUGAUGAAGGUGGUGUUGAAACUAGAGCUGGUAGUCAUGGGCCAGUUAAAACAGAAGGCUUAGAUUCACAGAAACCAGAGAGUCUAACAGCAGUUUCUGUAAAUGGUAAAAAGACAGAAAAUGUAACAACAGUGACUGCAAAGCCGGGAUCAGGAACAGCUCAAACUCCCAUUUCUCAAGAAAGUAAAACAGACUGUGAGUACAAAUCAGAAUUAGGAAUAGACAAAAAUAAAGUAACAGAAGUACAAGUUAAAUGUGAAAAGGAAAUCCCAGAUGCUGGAAAAUAUACAGAAGAGAGUGUCCAGACUGACAGCCCUUCUCUUGAGGCCAUUGCUGAAGUAGUAGCUGCUGCAACUACUCGUGCUGCUCUUGAUGUGCUUGUAACCACCAACUCAGAUAAUUAUUACACCUCAGGAAGUUCCUGCAAGUCAGCAUCUCAUCUCUACCAAAGACUGCUGCUACUAAAGUCGUUCCUAGUGUGCUAG